AUGGCAACGAAACCGUCGAAUGUACCUCUACCUGAUAUCCCAAGUCCAGAUAUUCAGGAUGAUGAUGACUCAAUCAUCUGCAAUCAAGAUGAGGCUGAGGCAAUACUGCAACCUGCUCUUAGUGACGCUGCUAGACAUUUGACCUCGCAAAACACACCGGCCAUCGAGAAGGCCUUAGCACUGGAUAAGAGUCGAGCCGGGUUGUUCGACGUGCCCGUCAAAAGACAUGGUGACACAAGCCCUGAUCUUUCGUCUUCGCCCGAGACAACACCCCAGGUACCACAGAUUGCUACCCCAGAAAGAACCCCCACCAAAGUAGAGCCCACUCAGCAGUAUCGAAAUGCCUUGCCUUCACCCUGGCACGCUCAGCCGAAGCCUACGACCAAAGGUUCCACAAGCAGACCAUCAGGAAGUAUUCUAGGAAAUGCCUUAGCUCCAGCUCGAAAUCGAUCUAGGUCGGCAGGCCAAGAAGCACUGAGGAGACUGCAGAAAGCAUGGCCUUCUCUUAGCCCUCCGACGCACCUGUUACCCUCGAUGCCGAACUCGUUCUUUUCCAGCUCACACGACAAAGCCAGUGCCAGUACGCCAGGUAUCUCGAGUCACUCAUCACCAGAAACCCGCCAGCAUUCACCUCAUAUUCCUUCUAAUGCGCUUGGUGUCUCUCGAGUAAGGCCUAGUCCGUCACCGCAACAGGCUCGAGGACUCGCUUCUGCUUCCCGGGAUCCUAACGCAGCUUCUGCCUCUGUGCGACCCAGGGUUCUUCGACGGGUCACUUCUGACGAGAGUCACUUAUAUCACAGUCUUUCUCGCACUUCUUCUCUCGGCGAUGACGAGCAAUUCCAGGAUGUCCGUGAAAUGGUCAAUAUUCGGUUCAUGGCCUUGAAAGACAGCCUUCCUGACGUUCCAAACUUCAAGAUACCUAGUCUGCCCAAGCUAUACAGCCAGGCACGGAAGUCAACUCAUUCAAUCGGUGCAUUCCACUCGCCUGAACCAUCACCAACUCGCCCCCAGCCUCCCAAGGACUUCGAUGUUAGCUCAAAGGAUGGAUCUGCUGUUCUCGAUAGGGUCCUGGACUCUCUGACUGGUGACUUAGUGAUUAUGGGCGGAUACCGUGGUUCCGUCUUACGAUCUGCCGAGCCACCUCACCAACAGGUCUGGGCCCCUGUGAAGCUCGGUCUCAACAUGCGAAAGGUCAAUCUCGAAGUUGGAUUAGAGGAUGAGGACGAGGAAAGAAUGGAAGAGACCAUCAAGCCUGACGGUAUGCUGAAACACAUCGGCCCCGUCGACGUCUCUCGAAAGUUUAUCAAGAAACUGCGCUCGUGCGAUAAUGCUCGAUUGGGCAAGCUGCGAAUUUGGGACUAUGGGUAUGACUGGCGCCUGAGUCCCCAUUUGCUAUCUCGCAAAUUACAAGAAUAUCUCCAGAAACUCCCUUCAAACCAAGAAGGGACGCUGGCUGGAUCUCGUGGAGCUCUUGUCAUAUCUCACAGUUUGGGCGGUAUCAUCACACGGCAUGCUGUCAACCAGAGACCUGAUCUCUUCUCAGGGGUCUUGUACUGUGGUACACCGCAACGUUGCGUCAAUAUCCUGAAUCCUCUUCGCCAUGGUGAUGUAGUCCUCUUGAAUGAGAAGCUUCUCACAGCAAGCGUCAAUUUCAGCAUGCGGACGUCUUUCGUCUUUCUGCCUGAGGAUGGGUUCUGCUUCGUAGAUAAGAAUACGGGAGAAGAGUAUCCCAUCGACUUUUACGAUCCUCAGGAAUGGAUCAGGUGGCAUCUGAGCCCGUGUAUGCAACCGGCUUUGCCGCCUCGCAACCGUCCUCAGUCAUCGUCCUUCUCGUCCUUCCUCCCAAACUCUCUUCGGGCUCGUGCUGACAGCAAGAGCGAGAAAUGGCCACCUUCACCAGCGGCGGCUGCCCGAGAUCACAACCCUAUCGCACCUCAGCUCAAUGGAUGUGGUGCAAAUGUGGAAGAAUCAAAGCCUUCAGAUCUGCAGCGUAAGCGUUACUUGAAUUAUCUCACCCGAACUCUUGCAGCGACUCGCAAGUUUCGCUCCGAAUUGGCCCACUCGCCAGAGCACCAGGAAGCCAAUGCCUACCCUCCUCACGCUGUGUUAUACGGCAAAAGUAUUCCCACAGUGUACGCAGCCCAGGUCACUGGUCGCGAGGGUAUAUGCUAUUCUGAUGCCUACGACGACCUUCUUUUCCGACCAGGUGAUGGCGUUGUCUUAGCCAAGGAAGCCAUGAUUCCGGAAGGCUACUCUAUCGCCCGCGGUGGUCGGGUCUGUACCGAGCGCGGCCAUAUCACAAUGCUCGGCGAUCUGCCGGCUAUGGGAAAGGCACUCGAGGCACUCGUCAGAGGCCGGCGGAAGGGCAUCGGCAUGGGGAUUGGUAGGGACAAGGCAAAUUAG